AUGGCUCCAGUUAAAGAGCACAUUAAUAUUGUUGUUAUCGGUCACGUUGACAGCGGGAAGUCGACCACUACCGGCCAUCUAAUCUAUAAAUGUGGUGGAAUCGAUAAAAGGACAAUCGAGAAGUUUGAGAAGGAGGCUGGCUCCUUUAAAUACGCUUGGGUGCUUGACAAGCUUAAAGCAGAACGUGAACGUGGCAUCACAAUUGACAUUGCUUUGUGGAAGUUUGAGACGGAACGCUAUUUCGUCACUGUUAUCGACGCUCCUGGCCACCGCGAUUUCAUUAAAAACAUGAUAACAGGAACAAGUCAAGCGGACUGCGCAAUUUUAAUCGUCGCUGCUGGAACUGGUGAGUUCGAGGCCGGCAUCUCGAAAGAUGGUCAAACACGGGAGCAUGCCCUCUUGGCCUACACUCUCGGGGUUAAACAGCUUAUUGUGGCUGUCAACAAGAUGGACAGUACUUCGCCACCAUACAGUGAAAGCCGAUUCCAAGAAAUAACAAAAGAUGUGUCCGCGUACAUCAAAAAGGUUGGAUACAAUCCUGCUACUGUUCCAUUUGUCCCUAUCUCCGGGUGGGUUGGUGAUAAUAUGUUGGAGAAGAGUGACAAGAUGCCGUGGUUUAAAGGGUUCGAAGUAGAACGGAAGAGCGGCAAGGUUUCAGGGGUCACCCUUUAUCAAGCCCUGGAUGCAAUUGACCCCCCCUCUCGUCCUACUGACAAACCGCUAAGACUUCCCUUGCAAGACGUGUAUAAAAUUGGUGGUAUCGGGACGGUGCCGGUCGGCCGAGUGGAAACGGGCGUAAUGAAACCCGGUAUGGUUGUCACAUUUGCUCCCGCCAAUAUUUCUACAGAAGUCAAAUCAAUUGAAAUGCACCACGAGAACUUAGCAGAGGCCAUGCCGGGCGAUAAUGUCGGUUUUAACGUCAAGAACAUCUCCGUGAAGGACAUUCGUCGUGGGAACGUGGCUGGCGACAGUAAGAAUGACCCACCAAGAAGUGCAGAAAGCUUCACUGCACAGGUUAUUGUAUUGGGACAUCCCGGUGAAAUCAAGAACGGGUACGCACCAGUCUUGGAUUGCCACACAGCUCACAUUGCGUGCAAGUUCAAAGAGCUCUUGGAGAAGGUUGAUCGCCGAUCAGGCAAGAUUUUGGAAUCUUGUCCUCCUCACAUCAAGACUGGCGACGCUGCAAUUGUAACGAUGGUUCCAAGCAAGCCUAUGUGCGUCGAGACGUUCUCGGAAUAUCCCCCACUUGGCCGCUUUGCUGUACGUGAUAUGAGACAAACGGUAGCUGUGGGUGUCAUCAAAUCAGUUGAGAAGAAGAGCGAAGCUGUCAAGGCGACGAAAUCUGCACAAAAGGUUGUUAAGAAAAAAUGA